UCUUUGCUUUGUGUUGUGCAUUGGUUGACCUAGUUAUUCUUAUUUUUUUAAAUGUUUAAUCAUGUCAUUUAAGUUGUCUUCCUUUAAGUAAAAGAGGGAGAAAUUAAUACUAUCCGGUUUGUUGCUGUUUACCGUAGGGAGAACACGAUAAAAUUUACUGUUUUUUUACAUGUGGACACAAUAGAUAUAAUAAGUUCUAUACAAAAACACUACUUUUAGAUAUACUGCAUGUAUUUGAAUCUUUUUAGCAAAUGUCAAACUCUGACUCAUGUGUCAAACAUUAAUAUAUGUUGUGAGUUAGUAAUUCAAAUAGGUAACAACAAAAUGGGUGUAAUAUGGUAAAAUGCAUCAAAAUUCCAAUAAACUAGGUUUUCAACAUGACAACUUAAAAUUAAAGAAUAGUUGUGAAAGAAAAUCCCACAAGUCGUUGCAUUCUCUCAACAACAUAAAAAAUAUGUAUUUUUUUUUAAUUUGAAACAGCAGAUUUCUAGUUAUGAAGUUGUGAUUCUUACCCAAUGAUAUACAAAUAUUAAAGGAAAAAAAAUGUAUACAUUAAAUAAGCAAAGACUUAGUGGGCUAACCAUGUUAAUUACUAUAUGUAUUUAUUAAGUGCUUGUAGUGUUUAAGUGCUUUUCUGUAAAUAAACUAUAAAAUAUUUGGGUUUUGAUUCUGCUGAUAUUUUUAGCUAGCCCAAAAACAUAUUUUCCCAUUUUGACUUUUUCUUAUUUAUUUCAAAAUUAUUUUACAUGGUGGGCACACCUACACAUGACAUAAAAUACAUGUUUAUUUUACUUUUGAUACUCUUCAGCAAUAUUCAACAAUAUUGAACUAUAUUUGAAAAUAUUUGCACAAGCACUAGAAACUAUUAUGACAUGCAAACCACUCUCAACUGUUUGAUCAUUACGUUUAACAGCAGUGAUGAUAGCAUAGAUAUGAUAAAUGCAUUAUUAGUUGUAAGAUUGGCAUUUGAGAUUUGUUUAUUCUCCUUCUUGUAAAUUGUGUCUUCAGGGACUUUUGAGAGUUUUCGACAUAAUUUUUCUUCCCAGUGGCGUGCCGGCGGAGACAUGUCGCUGUUCCGAGCACGAGAGCUGUGGGCGACGCAGUGUGGCGCGGGUGACGAGUGUUUCGACCAGGGCUCGCUGGCCGUGUGCGACCGGGGCGAUGCUGCAGGGGCGGUGGUGGUGGUGGGCAGCCACGGGGGCUGCGUGCGUGCGUACGAGCCGUGUGCGGCCGGAGGCCGGGAGGGAGGCUACAGGCCUGCGGACAUGCUGCUGGAGCGACAGCUGCCCGCCCCCGUGCUGCAGGUGGCCGCCGGCCGAUUGGUCUCGGGGUCGCACCAGCAGCAGUUGUGUGUGCUUCACCCGCGCAGCGUCGCGGUCUACAGCCUGGUCACCACCGCCGGCGAGGCGGAGCACGGUGACCAGAGCCACCUGGCGCUGGCGUACGAGCACCAGCUCCCCCGCUCGGCCACAUGCAUGGUCCUGGGCCCCUUCGGCGGAGCGAAGGGCAGGGACUUCAUCUGUGUGCAGUCGCUGGACGGAACACUGAGCGUGUUUGAGCAGGAGGUGCCAGCAUUCCAUCGUUGCCUUCCCGGGUUCCUGCUGCCUGGCCCGCUAGCGUUCGCGCCCCUCACCGAUUCCUUCAUUACCGUGUCGUCUGACUGGCACGUCAAGAGCUACAGGUACCAGGUGCUGGCGGAGGCCGGCGGGGCGGCGGACCAGACGAUGACCAGCACGGGCAGGAAGGUGUUCCCCGACUGGACCCACAACCUGGGGGAGGGCGCUGUCUCCGUGGAGGCCGUGUCGUGGUCUGCCGCAGACUGCCAGAUACUGGUGCUGGGCCAGCGCAGCCUCCUGCUGUGCCUCACGGCCGGCGGCACGCUCGUGUUCGCCAAGCGGCUCGAGUACCGGCCGCGGUGCUUCCACCCCUACUUUGUGGAGCCCGCCGGCCGGCUGAUGGUGUUGGUGGUGUCGGACACAGGCGUGCUGCUGGUGUACGAGCGAGCCCGGCUGCGCUGGUGCGCUCUGCUGGAGCAGCUGCCGGCGACCGUGUGUCGCGCCGACCUGCGCGCCUGCUCGAUUAGGGGGGCACUGGUGAUGCUGUCGGAUGCGGGCCAGCUGCAGUGCUGCUACCUGGGGACGCAGCCGUCACUCUUCACACCCCCACCCCCUGACACCGCUCCCAUAGCGUACCAGCAGGCCGAGCAGCAGCUCAGAGACCUCAACCGGACUAUCAGGGAGCACGCAAAGACCGACACGGCGUCACUGGCAGACGCGGCGGCAGAGCGGGAGCUGAGCAUCGCGCUGACGUCACGGCUGCAGGAGCGCGAGCCGCCGUGCUGCGCCGUGCGUGUGGAGCUGACGCCACUCGUGCCGCUGAGCUGCGUGCAGGUGUCUGUGGUGGUGCGUCCCCCGCUAGCCGCAGGGCCCGUCUCUCACUCCAUCAGCAGCCUGUAUCUCCCCAACCACAGACAAAUGGAACGGAUCCCAUCAGCUUUGGCGGCCUCUUUCUUCGAGGAAGAGGUGGAGGAGGGGACCAGUAUACCAGCCGACAUUGCGGCGGCCUUCUUCGCAGAAGACCUGCUGGAAGGGCCGUCAUCUCCCCCUCCUCCUCCUCCAACACCGCCGGCCAAGACUUCGCCGCUGCUGUUGGUGGCGGGCCCCUCUGGGACAUGUCCCUGGGGUCGUCCGCUAACAGCCGACGAAAAAAGAGGGGUCCGGCUACCUGCUACGAAGCAGCAGGUGCCAGCUCUGCCUAGCGGCAAAGUCGUGGCCAAACUGAUGGCUAUGGACGCCCAGCGGGGCGAGAAGACAGCCAUGGUGACUGAGGUGCGUCAACAGGACAUUGACUGUGACGUGUUCUCACUGGAGGUGCGAACGGUGGUGUCGUACGUGGCAGGGUCCGGGGGCACCCCUCGAGUGCUUCAGAAGACUGCGUGGUUGCCCCUCGGGUUGGUGAUGACCGUCUGCCCCCCCACCAAGGAGGCAGAUUUCAAGAUCACGCUCAACAUCAACCAGCCAUCUGUGCCUCUCUCGCAGCUGUUUCCAGAGCUGGUGACGGACGGAAGUCUGGCAGGCGCGGGCACCGCGGCGGGGUUCCGCCCGCACGGCCGGCCAGGUGCGGUGGUGUCGGUGCUUGCCGCGAGAAGCUCCCAGCGCUACCGCCUGCAGACGGACGCUCUACCUGUGGCGUGCGUGCUUACCACCGAGCUGGAGCGUCGCCUCGCCGCGCAUUUCCGCACGGUGGCAGGCUUUGCCUGUUCCUACGCCUCCCCACUGCCUGUGCACCAGCUGUUGGCCGCCGUGGACGAGCACCACGCCUGCCGUGUUGCCGUGCGGGACCUGCAGGCAGGGCUGGAACGCGCAGCGGCCCAGUACCGCACCGUACAACGCCGCUUGCUCGCCAAGCUGAAGGAGCGCAGCCCCGCGCCGCUGGCGGGUCUAGACGUUCUGCUGGGCGAGACCCACCGCCUCCUGAUGAAUGACGCACGGCGGCUGCAGGAGGCAUGCGCGGCGCUCCACCGGGCCAGCUGUGCACUGGCGAGCCUCGUUUCCCUCGUGCUGUUGCUGCUGCGCCUCACGGACGAGGCAUGUGCACGAGACCUGGGUGCUGCGCUUGCCUACUGUCCACAGCUGCGCGACCACCAGGACUGGGAAGAAGUGACGGAUGCAGCCAUGACAUACCUACUCAGGACGUCCCUGGCCAGGUCGGGCAAGGACUGCGAGCCAACGGCGGCCAUCACGCUGGUCCCCACAAGCGAUGCAUCCCGCCUCAAGAAGCACAUCGGCUCCGCCAUCGACCGCCUCUUCAAGAGCGUGAAUGUGUUUCACGGAGAGGAGGGGCUGCCACGGGCCGUCUCGCCCAUCCCAGAGGGGGAGGAGACUCCCAGGAGGAGGGGUGACGAGGAAGGGGACGAGGCAAUGGUCCCCGUGAGCUGCCGGUUCGCAGAGCGUAAGCUGAUGGCCCCACCUCGAGGCCGAUCCGCACUGCUCAGUGCCCUGAAGGCCAGGACGGAAGCUGUGCACGCUGCGCCAAUCACGUCCGACUCUACGGGCGCCGAGGCUGAUGAAGAGAGCGGCAGUGUUGCUGCAGUGUCAAUGAGCAACAUUCCUGUAAUCGAAUCAGCGCCCUCGCACGACGAUGAUUAUGAUGAUGUUGAUCUGUGGUAGCUGACCUUAUACUCACCGGACAGACUUCGUGCUUGUUUAUACACAUUGUAACUUAUUUUGACCUCUAUUUUACAAAGGAUGUACACCUUUCAUUGUAUAAUUUUAAAAUAAAAUAAAAUGAUCAUUCCACAAACAAAA